AUGGACGGUGGGAGUACUGGCACCGCUGCGGGCAUUGACCCCAAAAUCCUCGAUAAUUGGCAAACUGACGCCGCGUUUUCUGUCGCGUCGUGGGAGCACACCGGCUACGAGCAGCCGCAAGAGUGGGAUACCAGCCAAGACUCGAGUCAAGGCGAUGGGGACAUUGUCGAUCUAAGUGCCUUUCCAGACUCCCUGGCCAGAGACCAUCCUGAUGUGUCGUCUCUGCUGGGGCAGUCGAGUGACUUUUGCAGCAACCAAGACACCACCCCCGAAAAGUUCAGCCUUCCGGAUGGCACUGUCAGCGGCACGGUGAGCGGUACUAUCAGCCCUAGAACGAUCCCUUCGACCGACGACAACUUCCACCCAGAUGAGUCAUGGCCGCAUUUUCAACUCUUCAACCCGGUGGCUUCCAGCAUGCCCAUGGAGGCCUUUUACCCGUACGCCAAGGAACCCGCACCAUCUAAUACAGUGAUCGUCGAGGAUGUGGGAGAGGUGCCUCAUGGCCAAGGAUUCCAAGACGUCCAACCGGAUCAGUUCAUGUUUCCGAAUGUACCUCAGGCUUUCCCAUUCGUUUCGGAGCCGUGGAAUGAUGGACCGACCAAUCCCAAUACCCCGGCCACUGUGCCUUCUACCCAAGGAUCGGUCCCUCUUUCGAUGGCACACCAGAUGGGACCAAAGGAGGGUGACCUGCGCGACUUCCACGCCCCCAUGCGAUCGCUCGAGUCGCGUUGGCUUGACAGUCUGGAGGCGCAACUUCCUACAAGCCUGAACUCUGCAUCGUUCCCCACCAUCCCACAUGAUCUGCACUUCCACCAAGACGGUCGAAAGGGGCAUGAUGGCUUGCACUACAAGUCGGAAAGCUCUUCCGUUUCUGGGGAUUUGUCAGGAGCACAUGACAGUGCGUAUUCCGCGACAAGCGAUGAGGUUCCAACCUUUGCGGACCGACAGUUGGACGAGGACGAUUCACACGUGGGGUGGAAGGAAGCGUCGCACGAUGACACUCCAUCUGCGACGACCCAGCCUCAAAAUACCGCUGCUUUUGUGGUUAGCGAGGCCCCGUCAGAAUCCCUCAUCAUGUCCGUCCCUUCAAGGUCCAGGGCCUCAUCCAAUGCUGCUCAGCGUGGUAACAACCGGCCCAUGCCUCUUGCUCUUCAGUCCGUGGCCACCGUUAGGAAGCGUAAACCGCGCAACUCCACCAUCUCUUUGGACCAUGGCCAACCGAAACCAUUGCAGAUUGUCCAAGAAGAUGGACAGGGUGGAUCCAUUGCUUCUGCCGACUUUGUAUCUCCGCCUCGUGGGGCUCGUCGCAAGGGUCCUCUGAGCAUGGUCGGGAGAGCAAACGCUGGAUUGCGAAGGAAGAACAAGGAUACUUGUGUUCAAUGCCGCUUGAAUAAGCGCAAGUGUGACGGAAGUUCGCCGUGUGAUGCCUGUCGUCCCACACUCCACGAACAACCUUGUGCACGCGCUUGCUUUGCCAACAUUGUCGAGUUUGGCACUUGCAAUUAUAUCUCUCAACGCGCCGCCAACCAUCCUACAAUAGAUGGAACAGGCCGAGUACGGGUUGAGCUUCCGUCUCAAUUCGAUCUCCAUGAUCUGCUGUCUUUGCUCAAUGAACGACAAGGGCGGUUCAACAUCCGUGCCAAACAAGCUUGGGGGUCCCUCUAUGUUCUUGAUCUCGGAGAAACCUAUCGGUUCUUGAAGGGCCUGAGUGAAUACAAUGGCAACUCUCGCUCGUCAUUCCUCGAGUUCAUCGACCGACGGAUCGUUGAAUCCAAGGACAAGUCCAAGAACUGGUUGACUUGUGUCAAAGACUGUGACCCAAUGAACAAUGUUUAUACUCUACUCUCACAAUGGAACAACAUGCCUAGUCGCGCAAGCUACAGCUUUGUCCCUGCACAGCCUGGGGGCCAAGAGCGACCCAUGGACAUCAACAACCCUGAAGAUCGACGCGAAAUUCUUCUAGCCGCCCAAUUGUCUCGCAUCUUCUGCCGUAUGCUGGAGGUGGAAGGAUUCCGUAAACUGGAACGGGACUUCUACAAUAUUAAAUGGAAGCAGAUUACUCACGAGACGCACCUGCGCUUCUUGGGUGAAUUGGGUCAUAUCCUUCUUUCCCUCCGCUGGCGGGUGUCCUGGUGGAAACGCCUUGGAGAUGGAGGCCAGAAACCUGACCCGAGCCAGCAGCAUUACGUGGAUCGCGUGGAAUUGCUUUGCCGCAUCCUCUAUGUCUACUACACCUGCGUCCUUGCUAAGCUUCCUUCCUGGUCUACGGCAGACGUUCCCAAGGGCAUCUGGUCUACCUACGCCGACUCGGAGAACCCCGUUUGGGAUGAUUACCCCUCGGACCCUACCGACAAUGGAUUCCACGGUUGGAUGGCAAGGGGCCAAGAACUGAUUGAGCAAGCCGGUGUCCCUGGCCGUGUCUCGAGGAUUUGA